GUCCAUUUGGAAAACCAGAACUCCGGUAAUUGGAUAGUUCUGAGUCGAGAAUCUUCCUCGGUGAUAAAAGCCAAUAAAUAAAUCCAUCCAUCACAUAAAUCCAGAGUUUGCAGCUGGAAUUAAGGGGGCUUUGCAGACCUGCGUUUAUUUCUUCAGCGCCAGUCUCUUUGCGAAUCAGAACUCGAGUUCCUUCAGAGAAGUUUAUUUUUUUUACACCGUCUAUGAAAGUAUUCGGCACAUGCUGAUUUUUAAAAUAUGUCAGUAACGUUUUGAAGAACCUCAAACGGUUUGCAUCAAAGGUUCAGAAACGGAGACAAGGCAUUCCGUGUGAAGCCAAGACCCCCCUGUUCAAUCUCGGGACGCGGGAUAUCGCUUGGAAGUAUCUUCAGUUGCAGAUUAUUAAAGAUAAAUAUCUGGAUUGCAGCAACAAACGAUGGCAGAAGCAAGCAUGGCAGCCCAGACCGGCGGACUGCUGUCCCUCUCCCUGCUGUUGUCACUGUUGGUAAAGGGGAGCCUGGCGUUUUCGAUGCCCAGAACUUGCGAGGCUAACGGCAGCGUGUAUUAUGUAGGCGAGUGGUACUCUCUGGACUCGGAUCACUGCACUCAGUGUGAGUGCACGGUCGAGGGGCCGUUGUGUGGCCGCGCCGACUGCCCGGCCCUGCCACCGCCUUGCAUACAUGUCAGCUACUACCCGAACGACUGCUGUCCCCGCUGUGAAAAGAUCGGCUGCGAACACCGGGGCCAUGUCUAUGAGCUCGGGCAGCAGUUCCAGCCAUCAGAGUGUGAACAGUGCACCUGUGAUGCGGAUGGGAUAGCUCGUUGUCUGGUUGCUGACUGUGCUCCACCCCCUUGCGUUAAUCCAACCUAUGAAAAUGGAAAGUGCUGCCCAGUGUGCAAAGAUGGUCCAAAUUGUUACAGCAGCAUCACCAAAAGUCAAGUGAUCGCAGGAGGGACCACAGUGUGGGUCGACAAGUGCACCUACUGCCACUGCCAUGAUGGUCAGGAUGCUGGAUACUGGGCAGGCAAUCGUGUCGCCAAGUGUGUGAAGGUUCAUCACUGCGCUCUCAAUGAUCACAGUCAGCAGCCAUGAGGUUGUAGUAGACUUUUACAGUACAUCUCCAGAGCAUAUUGCUCAGCAGGCUGUUUGGAUGUCAGAAAUGCAGUGAGUCUAUUAUGGUGUAGCUUUGAAAUAGAUAGCAAUGUAUAGCAAUAAUCUUUCUUCAUUACAACACUUCUACCUAUUACACCAUUUCUUUAGACUAAAUGCUUUUUAAAAUGCUAUUUUUCAACAUAUGUAAUGCACAUCAAUCACACUAGUGAUAAUGGAGGAAGAAGAAAAGUUUUUACUGAAUGAGAAGUUAAGAACAAAUCUUAAGAAUAUAAAACAUUGGAUACAACAUUGUGUUCUUUAGAAGAAGGUCGGUACAUUGGACAGCUUGACAAUAGAAAACGUAUGUUUAUGAUUAGCUUUGCAAUCAGAAAUUCUUCGGGAAUUUUAACUUAAAUUUGUUUAGGUUUAAGUGAAUGAUAGUCAGCGAUAAUUUUACCUGGUUAGAAAAUGUGGGCAAAGCUGGACCAAAAGAAAACAAGGAACAUAUUUAAGCCAUUUGGUCCACAUCUGUUCUAUCAUUCCAUAAGAUAUUGGCUUCUCUUUCAUCUUACUGCUGUAUUCCUGAUUCCCUUAAUUUUCAAGAAUCAAUUAAAUAUAAUUAAGGAUUUGUCUUUCACUGUCCUUUCAGAUAGAGAAUUCCAUAAGUUCACCAACAUCUUAGAUACAACAUCAAGAUAAAUAAUGGAUUGGUCAAACUUAAUUAUCUCUUUCAUAAAUCCUCAUGGACUUUGCUAAUUCUAUUAUUAUUUUCCAAGUGACCUGCUAGUAAUUCUGGAAUUUUUCUACUACUUGCUAUGUUAACUUUUUUGUGUUUCCCUAUUUUCUUUCUUCUCCUUUCUCAAAUACAUGGGUUAUAUUAUAUACAACCUAGGAAAUAAUCUAAAAUCUAAGGGUUUUGGGAAGAUAACAACCGCUGUUUCCAUUAGGUACCUCUUUAAAAACCCUGGGAUGUUGGUUAGGAGAUUCUGUUGAUCUAUUAGCUUACAGUUCUAUUAUAUUUCUCAAUCUUUUUUUCCCCUCUGAUGGCAUUUUCUUUCAGCUUCUGACCCUAUUGAACUCCACUGUUUCCGGAAUGUUUUCUAAAUCUUCUGUGAAGGCAGACACAACAUGUUUAAUUUCCCUGCCACUUCCUUAUUCCCCAAAGUAAUUUUUUUCAUUUUCAGUCUGUAAGGCAUGUAUAUUAACUUGUUCUAAUCUGUUCCAUCAUAUCCAUUAUAAUUAAUGCUCUAAAAUUUUCCCUUCUCUUUGUUUACAGUACUGUGGCACCCUGUGGCUGAAAUCUGAAAUGUUCUCAAUUUGCAGGCAUUUUCUCUCUUUAGCAACAUUAUAAAGUUUUCCAUUGAUCAAAUAUUGCCUUUCACUUAAUAAAGAAACUUAAAAUGCUGGAAGUAAUUAGCAGGCUAGGCAGUCUGUGUGGAGAGAUAAACUGAGUCUAGAUUUCUCGCUUAAGGAUAGGUAGAAGGGUGUGAACCUGUAACCACCUGACUAACAUGGGCUGGUAGAGAGCUGAGUUUGAGCAAAGCUGGUAUUGAUGGAGGAAGAUAUCAUCGUUGGAUUGAAUCUGGGUUGGAGACUAAAAAGAUUAUCAGUGUUAUUUUUUUCUUGUGACUUUUGAGCAUAUUUACAUUAUUGCCAAAUCUUGAUUCCAGCACUUAAUAUAGUCAGUUACUUUGCAGAUCCUUUGAGAAUUCUCCAGAUAGUUGUUCUAAAAUAAAUGUUUUUAUUAUUUUUGUACAAAGAACAAACAAGAAUGUCAGCUUCCAAAGAUAAUUCAGCUUCUGAUUCACUAACUUUUGCAAGUUUCCAGUGAUUGACAUAGUCACAACGCUUGAACACCCAUGGGAGAGGGUGGUGGAGAUUGAAGAGUGAUUCUUUGGUUUUAUUAAUGUCAUUGGUCCUUCUUUCUUUGCUGGAUAUUGGGGGCUUGGGGCUGACAAACAGUACGUUUCAAUUUUGUGCUUCAGCAGUCAUUCUUAAUAAUAAUAUACCAUUUCAAACUAUCUUGGAACUUUGUCCGUCUGCACACCACACCAAAGUGUAAAAUGAGAGACCUAAACAGAGUGUUUUUGGUUAAAUUCUGAGAGUUGAAAUUAAUUUUAAUUUGUUGUUUGUCUGGUAUGUUAAAACCUACACUAUAUUCUGAGAACACUUACUAAAUAAGAUGAUAGCCAAAGGGUUUAUAAAGUGUGCUCAUUGACAAUAGACAAUAGACAGUAGGUGCAGGAGUAGGCUAUUCGGCCCUUCUAGCCAGCACCACCAUUCACUGUGAUCAUGGCUGAUCGUACACAAUCAGUACCCCGUUCCUGCCCUCUUUCCAUAUCCCUUGACCCCGCUAUCUAUAAGAGCUCUAUCUAACUCUCUCUUGAAUGCAUCCAGAGACUUGGCCUCCACUGCCUUCUGGGGCAGAGCAUUCCACAUAUCCACCACUCUCUGGGUGAAAAAGUUUUUCCACAUCUCUGUUCUAAAUGGCCUACCCCUUAUUCUUAAACUGCGGCCUCUAGUUCUGGACUCACCCGUCAGCAGGAACAUGCUUCCUGCCUCCAGCGUGUCCAAUCCCUUAAUAAUCUUAUAUGUCUCCAUCAGAUCCCCUCUCAUCCUUCUAAAUUCCAGUGUAUACAAGCCCAGUUGCUCCAAUCUUUCAACAUAUGACAGUCCCGCCAUUCCAGAAAUUAACCUUGUGAACCUACGCUGCACUCACUCAAUAGCAAGAAUGUCUUUUCUCAAAUUUGGAGACCAAAACUGCACACAAUACUCCAGGUGUGGUCUCACCAGGGCCCUUUACAGCUGCAGAAGGACCUCUUUACUCCUAUACUCAAUUCCUCUUGUUAUAACAACCAGCAUACCAUUAGCUUUCUUCACUGCCUGCUGUACCUGCAUGCUUGCUUUCAUUGACUGAUGUACAAGAACACCUAGAUCUCGUUGUACUUCCCCUUUUCCUAACUUGACUUCAUUUAGAUAGUAAUCUGCCUUCCUGUUCUUGCCACCAAAGUGGAUAACUUCACAUUUAUCCACAUUAAACUGCAUCUGUCAUACAUUUUCCCACUCACCCAACCUGUCCAAGUCACCCUACAUUCUCAUAACAUCCUCCUGACAUUUCACACUGCCACCCAGCUUUGUGUCAUCAGCAAAUUUGCUAAUGUUACUUUUAGUCCCUUCAUCUAAAUCAUUAAUGUAUAUUGUAAACAGCUGCGGUCCCAGCACAGAACCUUGCGGUACCCCACUGGUCACAGCCUGCCAUUCCGAAAGGGACCCAUUAAUCACUACUCUUUGUUUCCUGUCAGCCAGCCAAUUUUCAAUCCAUGUCAGUACUCUGCCCCCAAUACCAUGUGCCCUAAUUUUGCCCACUAAUCUCCUAUGUGGGACUUUAUCAAAAGCUUUCUGGAAGUCCAGGUACACUACAUCCACUGGCUGUCCCUCGUCCAUUUGUCCUUGUCCAUUGGUUUCACUUCUUGCUGGUAAUGUUAUUUGAGGGGUUCUAGUUAAUACAUCAUUGUACACUUGUGAUUGAUGGUUUUACAACAUGCCUGAUUAGUUCUUUGUUAGGUUCCCUGUUCAGCCGGGACUUUGUUUUGCUAUUUUAUACAUGACUUUUGAAGCAACAGGGUUUUUUUUCCCCACUGAUGCUGUCAGCCAGCUUGUUGGGAUUAAAACUGAUGUCUGCAGUUGAUUUGGAAACAUUGUUGGCUAUUAGUUUCAACAGUGUUGGCACUAACAGCAGCAAAUAAAUAACAAAUAACUAAAUAACAAUAGAAAAUAAUUUUAAAAAGUGAAUUUCAUGCUGUAUGAAGUCUUGGGAGAGAAUGGUUUCCAAUUUUGUGGAUGCUACAAUAGCAUAGCGGUUAGCAGGGUGCGAUUACAGCUGAAGAUGUCGAAGUUCAGAGAUCAAUCAUGGCGUCCUUGGAAUUUUUCUGUCCUUUCCAUGGAAUGCAUGGGUGUUUCCCACAGCCCAAAGACGCUUAAGGAAGGUUAAUUAUUCAGUGUAAUUUGUUCCAUGAUUCGGCUAGGGUUAAAUCAGGGGCUGCUUGUGGUGCAGCUCAAAGUGCUAAAAGGGCCCAUUCCACUCUUUUUCACUGAAUAAUGUUAGAAAAUAAAGUAAAUAAAACCUCCAAUUUAAAAUUAUUUAUUUUCACAAGAAUUCCAUAUUUACAUACUGUAUAUUCCAACAAUUCACAAGAAAGUAAAUACAAAAACACCAAAAAAAGUAUUUGUAACUUGUUAAUGUGUACCAUGGAAUUUUUGGGUGUAAAGUUUUAAGUUUACUAUGUUGGUUAUAAACUAAGAACAUCACAAUUAUAACACACUGUGUGUUCACUGUUACAUGGUAAUGCAUAUGGGACAUUUUUACUGAAGAUCUCUUCCAUUCAAAACCUAUACCUCUACAAAGUAAGUUUAGUUCUUAUAAUUUUUGCCAUAAUUUGUUACAAAAUUUCAAUUAUUGGUUCUAGAAUCUGUGCCUUCAACUUAACUAAUACAAUAGUGAUUCCAGAGAAAAGUAAGUGAAGUUUGUACAAGAAAAUGUACAUUCAUUACCAUUUAGAUGUAUUGACCACCUUCAGUCUGUAGCUUUUGAAAAGGUACAUGCCAUUAUCAGCUCUCUGUUAAAUAUCACUGUUUAGACCAAUAACGUGCUUGGUUAGUUUAAAAACAAGUCAAAACUAACUGUCUUAUGUUUGACCCAGUCAAUCUACUAACCAGAUGUUGGGAUUAAAUUUUCAUUUAUAAAGUCAAUUAUUAGAAUGACCUCUUUGAAUCUUUCCAGUAUUUAGUGUUCACUUUCGAUCUACAGUAGAUAGUUUCUUUGAAAAUGUUAAUGUUGCAUUAAUUAAGAUUUCAUUUCUAUUUUUGCAGACAUUGAAUUAUAUUGGUAUAAGUUUACUGCCUUGUAAUAAAAGCUAAGUA